AUGCUGCUGGAGCUAGUCAGCGGAAUCUUCCGUUCUCGAAGUCAACCUGCCUUUGUAGUAUUGCGAGGAGCCAGAUAUCAGCACAACAACAAACUGCCCGACGACUUCAAGAUCACCAUGUUGCUCACGCUGCUAUCGAGUCUCCUCUUGAGCGCAGUCAGCGCCUCCGCCGCCCGCCUGACCAUCUCCAUCCCACCAUCACCACCACAACUGCCUAAUCCAGCGACCCUCACAUCCUCUACCCACGCCGUCCUGCUAGGACCACCCGGAGUACGAUACGACGUCCCCUUGCGACGAGACAACAUCUUUCUCUUCCCAGACAUCGACGCGGCAAGCUACCUCCUCACCAUCCACAGCCGCGAUCACCAAUUCCCACCACUACGAGUCGACGUAGAGAAAACAGACAGCGCGCAGACGAUCUCGGCAUGGCAGACUUUCAGAGGGAACGAAUGGAGCAACAAGGGGCCUUCGUAUGGAUCUGCGCAGAACGAGGCUACGUUUGAAGUGCGGCCUUUCGCGCAGAAGGAGUUUUAUAUGGAGAGGGGAGGGUUCAACAUUUUGAGCUUCUUAAAGAGCCCGAUGAUUCUGAUGUCGUUGGUGUCGGUGGUUAUGAUCUUUGGGCUGCCGAAGAUGAUGGAGAAUAUGGACCCGGAGAUGAAGGCAGAAAUGGAGCAGAUGUCCAGCAAAGGGCCUAUCUCUGGCUCAGAAGGGGCUGCCAGUCAGAUCCAGAACUUCGAUUUGGCAGGCUGGAUGGCCGGCUCGGGCGGCGGAGGUGCUUCUGGAGGAAGUGGAAGCAAGAAACGAUGA